AUGUCGUUUCCACCACAUAUGCCAAUGAUGACUCCUAUUCCAUUCUUUCCUCCCGUUACUUCUAUGAUGAUGCCACCAAAUAUGGCAACACCACCACCUGGAAUACCUACAGCACCAAAUGGAACUCUCAAAUCAGGAGACAAUGAUAAAAAAAACCGUCUUCAACCAACUACAACUGUGUUUGUUGGUAGUAUUUCUGAUAGAGCGCCAGAAGUUAUGAUGAAACGAAUGCUUCAACAUUGUGGUAGUGUUGUCAAUUGGAAGCGAGUUCAAGGUGCAAAUGGAAAACUUCAAGCAUUUGGAUUUUGUGAAUAUGAAAAUCCUGAAAGUACACUUCGUUGUAUUCGUCUUCUUAAUGGUUGGCAAAUACAAGAUAAAAAAUUAGUCGUCAAAGUCGAUGCUAAAACCAAAGCGUUACUUGAUGAAUAUAAAAAAAAGAAACGACAUGAAUUAGCAAAAAAAGCUGCAAAUGAUACAACAGCAUUCAAAUUUAUCUACGAAGAUGAUGAAGAUGAUAAGAAAAAAUCGAACAGUACGGAUGCAGAUGGAAAGAAAAAAUCCGGUGAAGAAGGUGAAAUUGAAGAAGAAGAAGAUGAUUAUAUUGAUGAUGAAACACGUCGUGAAGAUUUUACAAUAAAACAAUCACUUGAAACAGUUAUGCGCGAAUAUUCACGUGAAAUGAAUCAACGAGCAUUGGAAGCAAAAGAAAUGGCAGCUCGUGAAGCGCAAACAACAACACUACCAAUACCAUCUAAUUUAUCUAUGCCUCCACUACCAAUACCUUCGAAUUCAACAGUUAUGCCUACAGCACCAGAUGUAUCUUCAGUUAAUCCAGCAACACGCCGUACUGAUCCAGCUGAUCCACUUGAUGAUGAAGAAGGAAAACGAAAUUUAAUUUCCAAUGAAAUACAAAUGUUUCGAAAUCGUUUCAAAGAUGAAGAUACAAAAAUGCGUAAUACUGAAAAAGAACGUAAAGAUCGUUAUGAACGAGAACGUGCAUUACAACGUGAAAAACGUGCAGCUGAAGAAGCAACUUCUAGUGAAAAUCAUAAAUUUGGAUCAUCACCAUCAUCACGUGGAUCGCCACCUCCAUCGUUUUCAUCUCGUGAUCGUUCUUCACCAAGACGUGAACAUAGUAGUAGUACAAGUCGACGUGAUCGUUCACCGCCUAGUGAUGAUCGUUAUCGUAAUUCAUCGUCAAGAAACAAUACCAGUAAUUCUGUACGUAGUCGCACAAAUGAUCGACGUAGUUCACCACCAUCACGUUAUGAGCGUCGUUCACCUGUUCCACCAUCGCGUCCAUAUAGUCGUCGUUCACGAACAAAAUCACCUGUGCCAAAAAGUCGUGUUGGGGGUGGUGGUAAUAAUGAAGAAGAUACUGAGGAAGCUUAUGAAAGAAGAAAACAAGAAAGUAGAUUGCAAGAAAAGGAAGCUCGUUAUCGAGCACGAUUGAGAGCAUGGGAACAACGCGAACGAAAAAGAGGAGCUGUGUAUGAAGCUGAGAAACAACGUGAAUUAGGUCGUUUACAUGAUGAAGAAAAAGAAGCCAAACAUUUGUUAUCGUUUCUCGAAGAGUACAAUGAUGAAACAGAUGAUCCAAAAUAUUACAAGGGUACAGCAUUAGCCAAUCGCUUGAAAGAUCGUGAACAUGAAAUUGAAAUUGAUAAUCGUGAUCGACAUCGUGAAAAAGAUGAAAUUGAAGUGCUACGUGUUAAACUACUGCAAGAGAAUAUUGAUGAUAUUGAAUUAGAAAUAAAACGACGUUUAGAGAGGGAAGAAGAAAAUAUUCGUAAACGUUUAGUCGAAUUGAUCAAAGCGACAAGUGAUGAAUCUAGUGACGAAUCAGAAAAUGAAGAAGAAAAAGCGAAGAAAACUUCAUCAAAAAAUCGAAAAGACGCUAUGGAUAUGUCAAAUAAUUUAUCAACUGAUUUAGUUAAUUCAAUUACUGAUAGUCUAAGUCAUUCGUCACGAACAACAAAUAAAGUUGAAUCUCCACCAAAUGAUAUUAAAGUUAGUCCUCGUCAUACGUCUGCACUUGGUGGUGCACCGAUUACUGGUACGAAACUACCGUCAAAACGAAAAUUAGCUGUCAAUGAAGUGUUUCGUGAUGAUCAAGAUGAUGAUGGUACGAAUGCAUUACCGAAAAAAUCUAGACUUUUUGCAAUAAUUGAUCAGCCAACAACUGCUCCCCAAAUUCCAAUAACACAAUAUUCUCCUAAACAUUCUAUUCCGCAUGUUAAAGAAGAACCGAUGCAUCGAACAUCAUCCAAACAGACACCGCCAGCUUCUAAUGCUAAUAAUAUUUCAGCACAAUCACAAGAAGAAAAAAGACAAGCUGUACGUAAAUUAAUUGAAAGUAUUCCAACGAAAAAAGAAGACUUAUUUACAUUCGCACUCGAUUGGUCACUUCUUGAUCCUAAUCUUAUGGAAAAACGUAUUAAACCAUGGGUAACCAAGAAAAUUGUUGAAUAUAUUGGUGAAGAAGAACCAACAUUAACAGAUUUUAUAUGUACAUCCAUUAUGUCUAAGAAAAGUGCUGACUCUAUAUUAGCUGAUAUACGUGUUGUACUUGAUGAUGAAGCUGAAGUUUUUGUUGUUAAAAUGUGGCGUUUAAUUGUUUAUGAAAUUGAAGCUAAACGGCAUGGUCUGAGCAAAUAA